CCGCCGCGGUCAUUGAGCUCCGGGUCCGGUCGCAGCCGCCGCUCGGAGCUGUCGGGGCAACGCGGAGCCUGGGACCGGGCGUGCGGGCCGGGCGUCGGAGGGGCAGAGCAAGAAGGCGGGAGCGGCCGAGGAGCCGGCGACGGGCCCAGGGCUACGCGGACGACGCUCUCUCAAACUUGGGGCGCGCUCUAUAGCCGCUGCGCCCACUGCCCGAGCCAUGAAGAUGGUAGCGCCCUGGACGCGGUUCUACUCCAACAGCUGCUGCCUGUGCUGCCAUGUCCGCACGGGCACCAUCCUGCUCGGCGUCUGGUACCUGAUCAUCAAUGCUGUGGUCCUCCUGAUCUUACUGAGUGCCCUGGCAGAUCCGGAUCAGUAUCACUUUUCAGGUUCUGAACUAGGAGGGGACUUUGAGUUCAUGGAUGAUGCCAACAUGUGCAUUGCUAUCGCAAUCUCUCUUCUCAUGAUCCUGAUAUGUGCAAUGGCUACUUAUGGAGCAUACAAGCAACAUGCUGCCUGGAUCAUCCCAUUCUUCUGUUACCAGAUCUUCGAUUUCGCCCUGAACACCUUGGUUGCGAUCACUGUACUUGUUUACCCAAACUCCAUUCAGGAAUACAUACGGCAGCUGCCCCCCAACUUUCCCUACAGAGAUGAUAUUAUGUCAGUGAAUCCUACCUGUUUGGUCCUUAUUAUUCUUCUGUUUAUCAGCCUUAUCUUGGCAUUUAAGGGCUACUUGAUCAGCUGCGUUUGGAACUGCUACCGAUACAUCAAUGGCAGGAACUCCUCUGAUGUCCUUGUUUAUGUUACCAGCAAUGACACCACGGUGCUGUUGCCCCCAUAUGAUGAUGCCACUGCUGUGACUGGCACUGCCAAGGAGCCACCCCCACCUUAUGUGUCUGCCUGAGCCUAGUGUGGCAGAGGUGGGAGCGGCAGUGGGAAUCUGCAGCCGCCUGAAUAAUCCUUCUAUAAUUUCUCUUCCAGGAUGUGCUCCUUGAACCUGUUUAUUGUCAAAAUACCACAUUUUACAAUUAGAUGUUAAGUUGAAACCCUCUAUUAUUUGAAACAUUCACUAGCUAGAGCACUGAGCAGUGUAGCUGUAGUAUUCUUUUGGUAGGGGUUGGUUGUAAUGGGCUCCCUUAGUCUUUCCCCAAAAUAUAGACGGGACCUUGAGUCCCCAGAGUCUGGUUUUAUACAUGCUUGACCCCAAAGCUGGCAAUCAGUCACAUUUUUCUUCUGUUCCCCUGUCUCUUGAAAUUAUAAAAUAAAAUCAAACUUAGGUAAUACUUUUCUUAAGCCAUUCCAGUACAUAGAACAAACCCUUAUGGGAACAAUAGUAACUGCUCCAAUUAAUUAAUCGGGAGCACUUAGCUUAGUAUGUGUUGUAAGAAUUUCUCUGUCCCAGAAUUCAGUGACAUUUGAAUUUGCUAGUCAAGGAUUUUCUUGUGGGCUAAAUUGAGACUACCACAUAGUGGGAGCAGAUACUUGCUACCUGGGGACAUGUCCUGGACUGUAGGGUUGUGUCUCCUCUGUUAGACGGGGACUGAUUUGUUUGGCACUGCAGCACCCUUCUUUUUAGUCAGUGUCCUGCCCCAGCCUCAUGUCUUGCUUUAUCAAGUAGAAUUGCCUAUAUGUAUUUGCCUAAAAGUAUGGAAAAGGUUUUCACCUCCUUGAAUUUCCAAGUAUGCCUAAUCUUCCUUUAAAAUGUUAAGCAAUCUUCAGAGAGAUGAGAAAGGCUGUUUCCCUUGUGGAAUGUGUUUGACCCGCUGAAUUGCAAAGGAUGUUUAAGUGUUCUGAAAGCCAGCAGCUCCCCUGCUUGUUUGUUGCUGAACAUGCUGAACAUGCUGUACAUGAAGGCUUUGCAAUUAAAGUUUGCCCACAUCUAAGAAAAGAAC